GCUUUCGAGUUGUGUAUCGUUUUUCGCGUUUUCGCCUAUUCUGUGCGGUGUGGUUUUCGAAUCCAAGAGGAAAUUUUCUCAAUUUUUGCAGUGUGUUGUCGGUUUCUCGUUUCUUAGUUGUGCCCGAGUGCUUACAUCAGAGCUUGCAACGGAACGUAGAGUGGCGACUUUUUUUCUUGCUCUUGGCGAAUAAGAACGUCCGUGAGUUGAAGGAGUUCGGCUCGUCAAUUUGGAGGAACUUUCCCAUCGGCGUGUGCAUUACACCAUUCAAGGGCAACACCACCCCCGACACAUUUGCCGCUUUGCUGCGCAAAUUUGGACCGAUUUAUUUCGGGUUCAGGGUUCCGGGCUGAUCAACAACAUCCAAGCAAACUGAAGACACCAGCAGUGGCACCAGUAUUGGGGGAAAGUGAUAUUCUCUGCUCUAGCCUAGUGGUGUGUUGUGUGCACUGCAAAACCAGCCUAAACAGCUGAGAAAGCAGCAACGGUCGAGUUGAAGAAGAAGAAGAAGAAACGCAUCGUCGACGCAUCCCACUGUGACAGGUGGUGAUCGUGUUGUGGUAAUUUGUCGUGCAAUCAAGUGCGGGUUUGUGUGGGAGAAAAGCAAAAGAAAAAUACCAGUCAAAUAGUGAAUACCGUGAAGAGUACUGAAGCUCAAAUCCGUUGGAAUAUCUGUGCGGCCAUUCUAUAUGUGCGUUUUCCCAGGUUUGGUGCAAUAAUACCCAGCAAGAGAAGAAAUUUGUGUGAUCCUAAGUGCUUUCUCCGUGUCCUUCUGGGAUCUCGUUUGUUUCAAACCGCAUUUGGGGGGUAAAGUUGUUCGCAAACAGCGCAGCUGCGUCUGUGUUCUGAUACAACUAAGCUAAUCAGUGAAACAAGUGGCGGAAGAAGAAGAAGGGGAAAUAAGAGAGGAGUGCAUUCAAUUUUGUUUUCGGUGUGUCCUCCGGCAUCAUCAUGAACGUGAUGAACAAUAGUAGCGGCGACGAGGAGCAGGUCGAGUGCCCACUGUGCAUGGAGCCCCUGGAAGUAGAUGAUCUUAACUUCUAUCCGUGUACAUGUGGUUAUCAGAUCUGCCGGUUCUGCUGGCACAGGAUCCGCACUGACGAGAACGAGCUGUGUCCCGCCUGUCGGAAAGCGUACCCGGAGAACCCGGCCGACUUUACGCCCCUCUCGCAGGAGCAAAUUGCAGCAUUCAAGGCGGAGAAGCGACAGAGGGAUCAGCAGCGGAAGGCGAAAAUCUCCGAAAACCGGAAACAUUUAGCCAACGUGAGGGUAGUGCAGAAGAACCUGGUGUUCGUCGUCGGACUGCCGCCGAGAUUGGCAGAUCCCGAAAUUCUUAAAAAGCAUGAAUACUUUGGCAAGUACGGAAAGAUCCAUAAGGUUGUCAUUAAUCCUAGUACGACGUAUGCGGGAGUCCAGCAAGGCCCUUCGGCGUCGGCGUACGUGACGUACAUCAACAACAAUGACGCCCUGAAGGCGAUCCAGAGUGUCAAUAACAUCAUGCUCGAUAAUCGGCUAAUAAAGACUAGUUUAGGCACCACUAAGUACUGUAGUCACUUUAUGAAAAACCAAACGUGUCCGAAGCCGGAUUGCAUGUAUUUGCACGAGUUGGGAGACCAGGAGGCUAGCUUUACAAAGGAGGAAAUGCACCAAGGGAAGCACCAGGAGUACGAAAAACGGCUGCACGACACGAUGCAGGCGCAGCUUGGUCUGACGCCGGCCAGUGGCGGCAGUUCGGCCGGAGGUACUACGGUGCCGUCGUUGAAUGGUACCGCUGGCGUGGGCGGCGGCAUCGUCGUCGGCAGCAGCAACAGUACCAGUGGUGGUGUCGGCAAUGGCAACGGGAGUAGCAGUAGCACCGGCAGCAGCAACGGAACCGGAACCGGCACCACCACGAAUGGUAUUAUUGCGAACGGUACAGGCGGCAGUGGCAAAACAGGUGAUUCUAAACAUAUUAGCGACAUAACAAAUGGACCUAUACAAAGCAAAGAAGCUUGGCCAAGCUUAUCCACUACGCCGAUCAACGGUAGCACUCAUGGCAAUGGAGGCGGCGGUAGCAAUAAGGAGAAUAAGAUUAACGGUAAAACAGUUGGCGGCAGCAACAAGGAGAACGGAACUCGUAGCGAUCGGAAGCAUGAAAAGUCCCGAUCGAAAGGCGGCCGGAAGCACCGGAACGGUCGGGACGCAGAUCGCGAGCAUCACAACAAGGAGCACACUAACAGUAGCAAAGAUAGUCACAGUAAACAGAAUUCCAAUCGUAGUAGAAGCAAAGAUAGUACAAUUCCGGUGACUAGCAGUGCCAACAGUGUUGCCAGCAGCAGGACGGUUAGCAAUUCGUCCAGCACUACGAGUACCUCCAGUACAACGGUCAUCGGUAGCAGCAAUGGCAAGGCGGCGUCCGCCGCUGCCAUCGUGGCCGGUUUAGCAAAUGGGGACGAAGCGAACAAAGAGGUGCAGAACAAUAGCAAAAAUAUUAAACCAAUCGUCGUCAACGGGUGUGUUAGCACAAAUGGUACAACCACCAAUGGUGGAAAACUGGCCGCCGUUCAGCACUUGGUGGACGAUCUGGAUGACGACGACGACGAGCUAGAAUUCGAAGAUCUGGACAACGACGCAUUGUCGUCGGACAACGAUGGCAAAACGGAUACGCCUUCGUUGAGCAGCAGCGGUUCUUCUCACGCCUGCGGUGACAGCGGAAGUACAUUGAGCGAAACGCCUAGCGGUAAGAGCUCACCCAGUGCAUUCCCCGACCCACUGACGGCGGUAAACAAUGUGAUAACAACUGGCAGCACUACGAUAGCAGCAGCCAGCUCAGUCAGUAAUUCGUCCCCAGAGGAAAGCGCCAUCACGACAGCUCCGAGCAGCGCGGCCAUCACACAUGGUAUUACUAGCAGUAGUAACAAUUACAACACCUCCUCCUCCUCCUCUUCGUUAUCUUCUUCUGGAAUUGCGUCUAGUUCCGACGAAAAGAGUGGCAACAGUACUGAACCCGUGAUAUCGUCAUCGUCGUCGCUGUUUGGCAGUGGCAACGAUGGAGUCAAUCUGACCACCACGACUGUUACGACAUCGACGGCCAACAAACAACAGCAGCCGUCUAAUGGUCUCAACAAGAUCAACAGUCUAAUUGACAAUGCCUCAUCAAGAUUCUCCAAAUUGGGCAUUUUCGAUGACAACAGCAGUUUCUUCUCUCAUAGCACGUUCGAUCCGUACAGUUACAACAAAUUAGAAGGUGUUGUGAAUGGUAAUCUGGAAAAUACCCAAUCCUCCGGUCUCACUUCCUCUCAGCUGCCGGAUCUCCUCAGCGGUACCAAUGAUACCAAUGAGCAGCACACAAAGGAGAUCCUCAAAAACUUGGGUAACAUUCAGCAACAGCACCAGCACCAACAGCAGCAGCAACAACAACAGCCGCAUCAUCUGCUGAGCAAUCUGCACCUGCAGCAGCAGCUUAACGGGCUCGGUGUUGGAAACAGUGGUGCCGAUGGCCUCACGGGACUUGGCGCCGGCAACACCGACGAUUGGGAGGCCGCUUUUAGCAAGUAUGUGAUGCGCAACAAACUGGACGUUGAACAUCACGAGGAUCUCCUACGCAUGCAGGAGCUGCAGAAGCGUAACCUUAUCAACAGUGGACUGAAUGUGACGCAAUUUAAUGGCUUUAAUGGUGAUUAUUCGGAUUACUUUCACAACACGAACGAACUGAACAAUAGGUUAUUGAGUCAGCAACACCAGCAGCAGACUCACCAGCGGUUACAGCAACAGCAACAACAGCAGCAGCACACCGACCUUAGUCACAUCUACGCGGGCAACAUGUCGAAGUUUUUCGACUUCCACAAAAACCAACAACAGCAAGCGGCACAGCAGCAGCAGAAUCCACCCUUUUUACACAAUGGACACUCGUCGCUGUCGGCAGCGGAUCCGAUGAACAUUGCCAGCUUGCUCGAGAACAGCCGGUUAAAUUCCCACUUCCUAGAUCAACAUUCGAAUGGUUUGCUAGGUUCUCAACUACAGAAGCAGCGAAUGCUUAAUGGCCAGCUGAAUGCUCACAGUAUCCUGUUGAACGGGGCUAAUCCACAACAGCAGCAGCAGGCACAAUCUCAGUCGCAACAAAACACUAGGCUUCACAAUUCACAGCAGCAACAGCAAACACAACAGCAGCAGCAGCAGUAUUCGCAGCAAACGCCAAUCGUGGACGACGAUUUAGGCAAAAUUUUAGGCUUUGACCCCUUCUUCGAGACUCAGAAAGGUUUGGCGGAGUUGAUGAACGACGAGAUGAACCAGCAGCAGAUCUCGCAGAGUGCAGCAGCGGCCGCUGCAGCAGCUGCGGCAGCGAAUCACAGCAAGCUGAUGGAGAACGUUCAGCGGACCAGGAUGCCGCCUCCGGGAUUCAACCACAUGAACGCCUUCGGAUUUGGUGUACCGAGAGCGCAAGUUUCAGGCAGUAAGAUUCUCCCGUUCAUGAACCUAACCAACAGCACACAGCAACAGCAGCAGAGCAACUGGGGUCAGCAGCUACAGCAACAGCAACAACAGCAGCAACAGUUUUUGGGAUUCCAGCAGAGUGAGCAAAAUCAUUUGGCUUCAUCCCAGCAGCAGAACGGACACAACAAAGCAGGUUACGGCAAUAACUUCACCGAUUGGACCUCGUUUGAUCCUGCCAUAGUUUCGUUUCGUCAGUUUUCGUUCAUGAAUGGCCCAAACCAGCCCGGAGAUAUGUUUUUAUCGGCGCAGCAGCAACAGCAGCAGACUCAGCUGAAUCAGCAAAACCUUCAACAACCAGGACAAGGAUUCGGGCACCACGGCAUUAACUUGCAGUCGAGUCUGAUGAACCAACAACAGCCGCAGCAGCAGCAGCAACAGCCGGGAAAUCCGCAAGCACAGGUUAACUUCUCGCACGCAACCACCAACUGGCUCAACAGCGAGCAGAGCGCCUACAUGAACAGCCUCGCCAACGGAUUCGGUGGUGGAUCCAACUUCGACAAGUUCUCCAUCCCGAUGCCACCCGGCUUCCAGGCGGCUGCCGCGGCCGCAGCAGCAGCUGCCGCAGCCAACAAACAGAAGGCCGAGUGCAUCAACUGAAUCCGAGUGUACGGUGUCCGUCGAAAAGGCAGAACCCUAUCUACAUUGAAGUAUAUCAAAUAAAUAGCAAAAAUCCAAUCAGAACCGCUUUCAAAAGAACCCGUUGACCUAGAAGAGUGCAGCCGUGGCAACAUGUGAUCUACCAGCCCAGAGGAAGCCGAGCAGCACCAUUUUCUACCAGAGCAACUCCUAGUGUAGUAACUAAACUAUCAUUUCCUUAGUUUCUGUGUUAAUUUUCUGUUCAUUUCUGUGAUUUGCUACUUUAAGUUUUUGGGUAGUGCGAAAGGAACGCGAGAAACGGAUGUAACCCAGCAUUUAUAACGAGAAAAAGACAGAUAUUGUUAGGUGAAGGAUGUUGACCAGCUCGGGUGGUCGCUCCUUCGGAUAUUGUUCCAACAGAUGAGGCUUCGUACUCACUCACUCGUCGUACCGUACUAUUCUGUAUUAAGUUUUAACUUUUACGUUCGUUUUAUUUCCCGUUCCCAAGCUUGAACCGAACACCGACCCACCCCCGUGCACACGUGAUUCGUCGUGGAUUCGAUUCCGAACUCGAAAUCUUCCGGUUCAUCAAUCGAGAUGAAUCUCUGUCCAAUUAAUCCAGUAAAAAAAACUUUCGACCUAUGCACCCUUUCAUCAAUAACAUUCAACCAUUUGAAUAGUAUUGGAUCGAAAGUGUACCGCGAUACUUUUAGAUAAAACACGUAAUUUGAAAUACAUCAGUUGGGUUUAAAUUUUUGUCUUAGAGAACAUUAUUUCUUUAAUCUUUUUUAUUUCAACAGUAGUUGGUGGAAUGCUGCACGAGUCACUAGGGCGUGAUUACAUUCGGCAGAUGAUAAAAAAUGCUUAACUAGGGAGCAGUGGUUCACAAUAUUUUUGGUGACUAAUCAUUUUAGUACAUUUUUUAUGAUUAGUUAAGCCCAUGAAACGGUAGUUAUUCAUACGGAUUCUUCAUUGGAUCUUAUCCGUUUCUAUUUCAAACAUGUUUUUAGUGCAUUGGUAUCGAUCCAUUUACCAAAAAUUGAAACGAAUCGCUGCCCCAUGGUUAACAUUGUCAAGAUAGCCUUUACACCUAAAUGCGCCUUUUCUAGGUUUUGACACACCAAAAAUUCAAAUCAUCGAACUACUCACUAAAUAUCUAUCCAACUCGUUUUGAUUUUCAUAUUUUACAGCUACGAACGUUAUUCCGCCAAAAAAUGCAAACCUAUUCCGCUAUAUGGUAAUCAAAAAUAUGUCGUCAAAUUUAAAGCAUACGAUAAAAAUAUUAGCCAAAUUUAACCAUCGUACACUACAAGCUGAAAUGUCAAUACCCUUUGAACAAAAAACUACACUAGCAGAAAUAAUUAAAAUCAACAAAGGCUAAUCUACGUAAAGGAAAACGAUUAAAUUGCUAUAUUAUUCUUAUUAUAAUUAUUAUCCAUUACCAAAAGAAAAAAACACACGAUGAACGUCGAGAACCCGAUGGUGUAACAUCAGAACAACAAACCCAAACACACAAACAAUCACAUACACUAAUAAAACACUUAGUAUGUGAGGAUCCCGCCACCUUACAGUGAAAAUUGCGCCUCGAAGGGUAGCCGGUUCUAGACAUACGUUAAGGAUGCGACCGCCUCCCAUCGAGGAUCGAUUCCACCCUGCGCGGAGGUCCUAAGUUCAAGCGGUUACUUGAUUCAUGCUGCGCUAGUGCUUGCUGUGUAACACACUUGAUACAAACGUGUAACUUUGCCUUUUUUCGAAUUUGAAAUGAAGAAUGUUGAUUUUGGUGAUCAUGACGAAGGCGAUGAUGAUACAAAGGAAGGAACUUGCUGUUGCUAUAAAGGAAAAAUAAGUGACUGAAAAUAUAAGCAAAUACGGAAGCAAAGAAGAACGUAGUAGAGUCGAUGUUCAUCAUCGAUUAGGAGAAAAUGGAGAAAUCAUAGAAGCAUUGUAAUAUGUGAAGACGACAUAAAAUAUAAUCCAGAAAUGGAAUUAUUAUGGACAAAAUCGUGAAACAUGAGAAUAUACUUAAAAUAUGAGCAAAUGGAAA